AAUAAGUAUAGUUUUUGUUUACACAUAUUUAAAAGUAAACUGAAUUUACAAAGGAUUAAGACAUGAUGAAGUACAGAGUAUUGGUUAUCCUUGUCUUUUGCCUUAUUGCUUUCUGCAAACCAUCAACUACACAACAGCGUGAAGAACUGUCGAAUCAAGGUGAAAACUGGAUGAGGUUCACAAACUGUAACGAACUUCGCAGGGGAUGGUGCGAAUGCCAGGAAUGUGGCUGUGUGGGUAGAAGGAAAAGAUUUCUGAAAGCUAUACAAAGUGAAGGUAGAAGAGCGUUCAGGUUCACAGACUGUAACGAGUUCACCAAGAACCCAGAUCAAGAACAACAUGGCCCUAUGUAUUAUUGUACGUGCUAUGGACAGUGCCGCUGUGUGUUGUAAAAAGAUGUUUGACCAUGAUCAGCCAACACAAUGGAGAUGGAGAGAGAAUAUAAAUCACAGACAUUGACAUUAUAUACCACUACAAGAUAAUCUAGUUCUCAAUAGUGAAUAAAACAUUAAACAAGAAGAUAAAGACAAUCACAUUAAGUGGGGAGUACUACUAAUAUUCAUCAUUGAUGAUAAUUAAAAGAAAUGACUGAAUCUUUUUGGAAUCCUGGAUUCCUUGUACCUGAUAAAAUAACUUUAAUACUGGAGAUUGGGUUAAUUUGACGCCUGCUUUAAUUUGGCGAAAUUGAAAAAUUCGCCAAUAUAAAUCUUCGCCAAAAUUUAGAAUGAAUCCCAGGGAAAUAUCAUACAUAGC